GCUGAUGCUACCUCAUAAAUCAAUAACAACAAUAAUAAGGUCUCAAUUAAUUUGUUGUCCUCCAAGAAAAUUCCGACCUGCGAAUUCUUCAACCUUGUUGUUGUUGGAGAAAAUUCAGCUGUGCAGGUCAGUCUGUGAAAUUUCCGUUUCUUGACUCAAAGUGACAUGUGAAGAAGCCAGAAAUAAUCUUACUCUACAUCCAUAAAUGGGAAAAAAUCAUCACAUCGCGAUAUAUACUACUGCAAGCAUUCCUUGGCUAACUGGAACUUCCAUCAAUCCUCUCUUUCGUGCUGCCUAUCUUGCAAAAGAUGGUGAACAAAAGGUCACCUUGGUGAUUCCUUGGCUUCCGUUGAAAGAUCAAGAACAUGUUUUUCCCAGUGGUAUCAAAUUUAAUUCACAUUUGGAGCAGGAAAAGUGUGUCCGCCAGUGGGUGGAAGAGAGGACUGGAUUUGCAACAAAUUUCAGCAUACGUUUUUACCCUGGAAAGUUCUCUCUGGAUAAAAGGAGCAUUCUUGCUUUAGGGGAUAUUACAGUAAUCAUCCCGGAUGAUGAAGCAGAUGUUGCGGUCCUUGAGGAGCCUGAGCAUCUUACAUGGUUUCAUCAUGGAAAGAGAUGGAAAAAGAAAUUUCGUUUGGUUGUAGGAAUUGUUCACACCAAUUACUUGGAAUAUGUUAGGAGAGAAAGGAAUGCUGUGGAGGCAUUUUUCUUAAAACAGAUAAAUAGUUGGGUUGUGGAUCUUUAUUGCCACAAGGUCAUCAGGUUAUCUGCUGCCACCCAAGAUCUGCCAAGAUCCCUGAUCUGUAAUGUGCACGGAGUCAAUCCAAAGUUCCUUCAGAUUGGGAUGAAAACAAUAGAGAAACAGCAAAAGGAUAACCAAGCUUUCAGCAAAGGUGUCUACUACAUUGGUAAGAUGUUGUGGAGUAAAGGCUACAAGGAGCUACUUAGACUCUUACGUGAUCAUCAAAAGGAACUUGCUGGAUUGGAGAUAGAUUUAUACGGUAGCGGUGAGGAUUCUGCUCAAAUUGAGGUGGCUUUUAAGAAGUUGGAAUUGACAGUAGGGGUUCAUCCUGCUCGUGAUCAUGCUGAUCCCUUAUUUCACAACUAUAAAGUGCUUCUUAAUCCAAGCACGACGGAUGUCGUUUGUACAACCACAGCUGAAGCACUAGCUAUGGGCAAAAUAGUUGUAUGUGCCAACCAUCCAUCAAAUGAAUUUUUCAUGCAAUUCCAAAAUUGCAGAACAUAUGAUGAUGGUGAAGGUUUUGUUAAAGCUUCUCUCAAUGCAUUGGCUGACGAGCCUGCUCCACUGGCCGAUAAACAGAGGCAUGAACUUUCUUGGGAAGCAGCAACUGAGCGAUUUCUGAAAUCAGCACAGCUGGACAUCGUGCCAAUAAAGAAAAUAUCAAAGACUAGUUCAAAAUCAUUUCUCUCCGCAUCCUUACGUUUGAACAAAAAACUUGAGGAUGCAUCAGCAUCAGUACAUUUCAUGGGGACUGGAUUUCUGAGUUCACAACCUGAUGAAGAGCAAUGUAAAGAGCUAGGAUUGACCAUUCCUUCAAAGAAAAACAGAUUUUCUUCUGGAAGAUGGAUAUGAGGCAUAGUCUGCAGGCUGGUAUCUUCAAAUCAUGGUGCAAAUUAGCGUUAAUAUCUCUCAUUUUUCGGAAACAGCCUCUCUGCCUUCACAAGGAUAGGGGGUAAGGCUGCGUACAUGCCUCCCUCCGCACACUUAAAUGUUGUUGUAUUUUUGACAGCUAACAAUGUAGUCGUUUCUGUUAAAGUGAAAAGGAUAUGUACCGUUUAGAAUCAACAAUCAUUCAAUUUGUUGUUCUAUUAUAAGAUUUUCGUUAUUGUUGUACAAACUCAUUGGCUUCCCUA